AUGUCCACCCCCGAACGUAAAAGUGGCCAAACAUCAUGGGCGCGUCGCCAACAGCAACAGCAACACAACUCACCUUUCCGACGAGCACGGCGUGAUUCCCUGCAUCUGGACGCGUCCCAUGGCCUUAGUCCUCCCCGCGAUUCUCCUGCGCGACACCGCAGGAACUUUAAUCGGACAGGAACACUGCGAGGGGCGUUUGAGUACACAUCGCGCCUGCCGUUGUCGGAGAUCGAAGAAGACAUCUUUUUACCUCAGAACGUGCAACGAGGCUCACCCCGCAAACGACAACGCAGUGUUACCGCAAUGUCUUCACGUUCCAACCCACCAGAGCUGGAUGAAACGUAUCGGCAGAUCGACGAAGCCCUCAGCCUGACGGAUAAUGAUCUAUCCGACGAUGAAAACGCCCUCUACAUUAACAAAGACAAUAGGUUUAGGAGAUCGGCGGGCACACCGACUACAAAGAGGGAACAACGAUUCUCUACUGCAUCAGAUGCAAGUUUUACAAGUCAGUCGCCGCAUCGUGGGUUCACCGACUACGCGAGGGACGAGGAGCGAUUGAAACGAGCCACGACGGGUCGGUCACCGGUGUUCAACAAGGCCACCAUAGGGGUCGGAUCUUCAUCAGAGCAUCUACAGCGGCGGGAGUUUGGAAGUCCAGGCGCUUCGGAGGAAGAUUAUGGCAUUGAGCCACCAGUCAAAGCACCUUCAACCUGGGGGACUCGAGGAAAAUAUGGCAGUAACUGGAUGAAAAGCCUCAAGCGAAAUCAUGAUCGUGAGGCUGAGUUGACCGAACCCGAGGAGGCUUCUGCGAGAUUGUGGCAUAAAAUCGACUCGAGGCGCGCUGAACGAGAGACUGCGGAACAUCGACAUCUGAUGGAAGAACGCCCGGAAAUCCCACGUUAUGGUCAUCGGUCACCUCAAGUACAAAGUUCGCCUGGACGCAGCGAAGAUUCUCACCAAGGCGGCCAGAGAAUCCCAAAUACGCCUAUUUCGAUAUUCCCAGGUUCAACGUUCACCAAACGCAGCCCGACAAAGCGAGAUUCGCAUGAUCUACUUCGAAAACUUGCGCGAACCGGCAGUCCCAACCAGCAAACCACCGAUUCAGUCCAGACCCCUCAGCAACCGGCGGUGUCAACGGAGAGGCGUGUUUAUGACAAAACACCAGUUGUGACAGGGGCAUGGAUCGAUACACCCAUGAGCCAGCGAGCUCCCGAACCACAGCAUACAAGUGUGAUCAACGCGCUAGGGCCUAACCCUAGUAGUGUUUGGGGAUCAACAAGGCCGGUUAAGACAGAGGAUCAUCAAGAUGAUAUGGACAAUAUCAAACCGAACUUCGAGCCGAUCAAAGAGAAAGAAGUGGUCAAGCAGAACCCAGGAACAGAACAGCCGAAAGAAAGUCCGAUCAAAGCGCGCGGGGAAACGAAGACGACACAGGAAAUCCUCAGGCGUAGAGCACAAGCUCCAGACGCAAUUCAGAAGCCUAUGAAACUACCUCUUCCUGAACACGCUAAGAGUGCCCUGGAAACCGUCUUGGAUGACCACAAAAACAACAGGAACCCUUUGGAUGCCGGUGACGAUACACUCGAAUCUCUUCAGGCAAUUGUAGACCAGCAGCCAAGUGAAGACACUAAAACUCAGGAAGAGGACGAUGCAGCAUAUGAAGAGCAAGUACUCGGAGACGACUCAAAGGAUUCUUCCGACAUGAAGGCCUCGGAAAGUCUUGGAAGAAAGCUACGGUCAUUGAGCGAGAGCUUUUCUUAUGUGAAAUCGGGAUUCAACAAGUUGGAGAACCAAAUAACUCACCACAACGAUUCCUAUACCGCUUCCCUCAGCAAGCCCGCAGUCAAGGCAGCCGGGUCGAAGCCGGCCCAAACACGGCAAGGCUGUGAGUGCAAAACGAACGGCGAUACGCGGGGUGUCAUCUCACUACCACGUUUAUGGGAUCGGGGUAGCGCUUGGUGGAGGGUCCGUCCAACUCGCCUCGGAUGGUGUAUUCUCAUCGCGCUUGGUUGGUACUUUUCGGAAUCUACCAUGUGUGAUUAUUACUGUCACCCAAUUGUCGAGUCCACAUGCGAAGGCAACUGCCUACUUCCGGAUGCUCCUCGUUUUCCAUAUGUGAUCCCGACCAUGACAUGGCGCUGGUUGCACCUGUCGGAUAUCCUAAUUCCUUUAUGGGCAAUAAUUAUCGCGUUCUUUAGACUCUUCACACAGCUACUCGGACUGUCGGAUGGGUACGUGGAUGACGAACCCCUGGCACUCAACCUGACCGGUAAGAUCCGUGUCGAGGGCAACAUGAUGGACAGCUUCGCACCAGCUGCAACUCCGUCCAGCAAGAAUUUCAUUCCGUCAGUGGCUCAUUGGGCAUGGGGACAGACAACGCAGAAUCCGGGUCCCACGAUCGACCUACCCACCGCUAUGAGCUCUGAUAGUAAUACGUUUAAUUGGGACGACGUCUCGAUGGAUGAGGAUGAAUUCCUCUGA